AUGUCGUCGACUCGUUUCAGCGCGCCCGUUGCCGGCUUCCGUGGGCACGCGCCUCGGCGGGCGGCGGUGCGCUCUGUGGCCACCAGUGCCUCCUCGCGCCGGCCACACCCGCGAAACGUCGCAGGAUCCCUUUUCGUCGACGAGACGUGCAUCGACUGCGACACCUGUAGGUGGAUGUCGCCUGACUUGUUUCGGCGCGAGGAGAGCCAGAGCGUCGUGUACCGACAGCCGGACGGUCAGGCGCAGGAGAUCGAGGCCAUGAAGGCGGUGCUGAGCUGUCCGACCCACUCGAUCCACUUCGAGGGCAGCUCGAAGGACGUCCUGCACCGGGCGCACGAGGGUCUGCCGAGCCCAGUCGAGGGCGCGGAGGGGGUGUAUCACUGCGGGUGGCACUCGGAGAAGUCGUACGGGGCGGCGUCCUACCUGGUGGUCAGACGCGAGGGCAACGUGCUGAUCGACUCCCCUCGCUAUAAUCCCAUCCUUGCGAAGAGCAUCGAGCGUCUGGGAGGAGUCAAGCACAUGUUUCUGACCCACCAGGACGACGUAGCGGACCACGACAAGUGGGCUGCGCACUUCGGCUGUUCGCGCAUCUUGCACGAGGCGGACGUGCGCGGGUCGACCGCGGCGGUCGAGGUGCAGCUCCGCGGCGACGGGCCGUGGGACCUGGAGGGCAACGCGCUGCCUGCGGACACCGACGCGGACGUGCAGUUGAUCUUCACGCCUGGGCACACGCGCGGCUGUGUGUGCCUGCUGCACGCCCCGUCCGCGUCGCUGUUCACGGGGGAUCACCUGGCGUUCAGCGCGCGCCUGGGGCGGCUGAGCACGUUCCGGCGGUACAACUGGUUCGACGUGGAGCUGCAGGCGCAGAGUGCGGCGAAGCUGGCGGACGUGCCGUUCCUGAACCUGCUGCCGGGGCACGGGCGGCAGCACAGGUUUGCUGAUGCGGGGGAGCGCAAGCGUAUGAUCGCGGCCGCGCUCGAGGAGGAGGCGGCGGGGGUGUAUUGA